AUGGCCGGAAACCAGACAGAUGUGAUGCAGUUUAAACUCCUUGGAUUUUAUGAACUUCAAGGUCUUCAGAUUCUUGUGUUUUGGAUUCUUACAAUAGUUUAUACAGUGACGGUGGCAGGGAAUACCCUCAUCAUUGCUUUGAUAGUCAUCAGUCAUCCCCUCCAUUGUCCUAUGUAUUUCUUCCUUUCUCACCUCUCGGCCUGUGAUAUCUUAAUCAGCACCAACGUCUUACCCAACACUCUGAAGGUUCUCCUAAAUGGUGGCCUCCAGAUGUCCGCCCAGAGCUGCUUCACUCAGUUGUAUUUCUUCGGAGCUUCUGCCAUCAUAGAGUGUUGUCUUCUCAGCGUGAUGUCCUAUGACCGGUAUUUGGCCAUUUGUGACCCUCUACACUAUUCUUCCAUCAUGAACUUUAGACUUCCUCCUUACUUGGCUGCUUGGUCCUGGAUGAUGGGUCUUGGGGUGGCUUUGAUCACCUACUUUCUUUUACUGCAGAUUUAUUUCUGUGGACCGGCCACCAUUGACCAUUUCUUCUGUGAUUUGCCUCCUCUCUUGAAGAUUGCUUGUUCGGAUUCGUCGGCCAUACAGAUAGCAGUGUCUCUAGUGGCCAUUGUCAUCGCUCUUCUACAGUUUGUAUUCGUCAUCAUCAGCUACAUUUUCAUCUUUUCUUCCAUCCUUAGAAUAUCCUCCACAGCUGGAAGAAAUAAAGCCUUCUCCACCUGCAGCGCUCACCUGUCUGUGGUUUGUACCUUUUACGGGUCACUCAUCGCCAUCAAUAUCAUUCCAUCUGAAGACUACUCCUUCAAUCUGAAGAAACUUUUAUCUCUUUUGAAUACGGUGGUGACUCCGUUAUUUAACCCUAUCAUAUACAGCCUGAGGAACAAAGACAUUCAAGAGGCAAUUUACCAAGUUGUGUUUCAGAAAACAAAAUCCAAAGAAAGAUGGUAG